GUACCCCUCUACCAGGGGCGUACUGACCAUUUGGAAACUCGGGCACUGCCUGAGGGCCCGGGGUCAAUAGGGGGCCCCAUGAGAUGCCCCUGGUACCCUUUUCAUAGCUUUUUUGAGUUUGGGCAAGGACACAGGGGCCCCAUGAUCCCCUAUUGCCCGGGGGCCCCAUGAGUUGUCAGUCCGCCCCUGCCCUCUACCAUGGAGUGAUGAUACCCCUCUACCAGUUCAGCAGAAUGAAGGUGCCCCUCUAUCAGUUCAACAGAGUGAUGG